AUGUCCAAAUCUAAGACUAAUCAAAGACUUGGCAGAGGCCCUCCUAAGCUUUCUAACGAUUUUGGCAUAAAGUUUCUAUAAAAAAUAAAUAUGGUGUCUCAGCCCGGGCAUUGCCGGAAGGCAAUGCAGCAAAGAAGGUAUAUUUAUUUAUAUCCGGCAAGGAUUUGUCAACACAGAAAUGGACAGCCACGCUAGGCUGCAAUUUGGGUAAUGCUCAGAGCUAGUAAGUCCGCUUUUAGGGAAGAGGAGGGUUCAGAUUUAGGAUGAGAAGCCUAGCAUCAUCUGCAGGCAAUGCCUAGAUAAAUUGGCAAAACUUCUUAGCGUGGAACUGAGAGUUACGCCUCAGGCUAAGAAUUUUUCUCCUUUUUGCCGAGAGUCAACCAGAAAUUCCAUUUUUUUUACUUAGACCUUUGUUCAACCCAAGCAGCAAGCCGCAGAAGUUUAUAGCCUUUCCACUCAAAACUGGAAUCGACAGGUUAAGGAGGAGACGGAGACACAGAGCUACACUUCAGAUGACCAUCACAACAUGGGUGGUGUCAGGGCCUUGAUUACUCAGAAUCAUCAUCUCAUUCGAGCAAGUUCUCUCUGACGACGUCUCAAAGAAGGUUAAUCACCUCAAGGAUCCUUGAUGACUUCGCUGCCAAUACACAAGCCAGCCAACCUGCAUAAAUUUAAGUUUCAGGCAUAAAGCUGCUUGAAAAAGAGCUGGAACUCGAAAAAAACUGAAGUAUAGAAAUAAUAAAUGAACUCGUGCUGAUGUAUACAGAAAUUAUUGAAUAUUAUGAAUAUAAUAAAGAUCCGCGAUACUUGGAUUUCCAAGACCGCAUGCAUAAAAUGCUUGUCAAGCCUCAAGCAAUCAGCACGAUGAGGGAGGAAAACUUGUCUCCAAUCAGAAACCGGCGAGAAUCCAUAAAAUCACCAUCUCCUCAAAAAGAGAGAAAAGAUGAGGGAGAAGGCAAAAAAGAGGUAAACUCAGUACAUAAAACACCAGUUCAGUAUGUAAUACCAGAAGUUGAAAAUUCAGGGUCUGAAGGAGAAAAUGAGGGAGAAAACUUAAAAAAUCAGCCAGAAGAAGAAAUUGAAAUAAAAAUUGUCCCUGAUAGCACAAUAAGAAGAAAUUCUCAGAGGAGGCAUACUUUUUCAACACCUCAGCCAAAGCGGCCUGAGCAUAAGUUAGAAGAUAGCAUAGAGCAGCGUAAAAAAGAAUCAGAAAGGAACAAAUCACUUUUGUCAGCUCAGCUUAACCAAGCUCUUGCAGAGCCUUCUUAUAAAUUUUCCAAAAAUUUGGAAAGAAUUAUCCAUCUUCAUCAAACCAAUUCCAAGGUAAUUACCCAGAAAUGUGCCUCAGAUUUUAAAUUUCAGGACUCAGAUCUACAACGAAGGCUUGAUUCUAGAAAAAAAGCAAUGAUAGACCGAUCUACUGGGGAUACCAGCGUUUUUGAUUCCCCGCUCAACAAAUCGUGUAUUGAUAUUCUUCCUAGUGAAAUAGAAUACUCCCCUCCAGAAAUCCAUUUAUUUGGCGAUACUAUGGAUGAAGUAAAUUUGUCAUUUGGUCCAAGCCUAGAUGAAUCUAAACAUAUAGAGAACAUUGAAAAUCAAUUAGGAAAAAAAAUUAUUAAAAAAUUAUUAUAAAAAAAUAUAGAAAAAUUAUAUGAAAUAUAUUAUGAAUCACAAUUAGAAGAAGAUUUAAUGGAAGCGUCUUUUUCAGAAAAAGCUUCAAAAAUCAGUGAAAUAAAACUGAAUUAUGAAGUGCAAAUAAAAGAGCUGGAAGGACAAGGAGGGUUUAUGAACUUAAUAAUUGAUCAAAUGAAGGAAAACAUGAAGCAGGAGAUACAAGACGUGUCUAAGGAAUUGGACACUCGACGAAAAGAAAAAAUCAAUUUAUUAAAGAGGAGCUUUAUGAUGUAG